CCGGCUAGGAAAGCUUCCGCAAGCAGUGCCGCGCUGCGCCGGGGCCGGCACAGGCGUUCGGCCCUGAGGAGACGCCGUCGCCGCCGGGCUGGUCCUGCUCGGAGACGGCUGCUGGGAGCGAGGCGGCCGAGCAAACAUGAAUGUUGGAGUUGCCCACAGCGAGGUGAAUCCAAAUACCCGUGUAAUGAACAGCCGGGGUAUGUGGCUGACAUAUGCGUUGGGAGUUGGCUUGCUUCAUAUUGUCUUACUCAGCAUUCCCUUCUUCAGUGUUCCUGUUGCUUGGACCUUAACAAACGUUAUACAUAAUCUGGGGAUGUAUGUAUUUUUGCAUGCAGUAAAAGGAACACCUUUUGAAACUCCUGACCAGGGUAAAGCAAGGCUCCUAACUCACUGGGAACAACUGGACUAUGGAGUACAGUUUACAUCUUCACGGAAGUUUUUCACAAUUUCUCCAAUAAUUCUAUAUUUUCUGGCAAGUUUCUAUACGAAGUAUGAUCCAACUCACUUCAUCCUAAACACAGCUUCUCUCCUGAGUGUGUUAAUUCCCAAAAUGCCACAGCUACAUGGUGUUCGGAUCUUUGGAAUUAAUAAGUAUUGAAAUGUUUUGAAACUGACCAAAAUUUUUGCAGGUACUGAGUUUCCUGUAAGGAAGGAGUGGUUAGUAAACUGCACGGUUUCUAUGAUAAUGUGAAAUGAGAGGUAUUUACAUUGGAGGUCCAAAUGCUGGUUCUUCAUAUGCUGUCUUAAAGUGCAGAUGUUUACUAGAAGAUGCCUCUGUUUAAUGCAUCUGAUAUAUUUCUGAAGAGAGGCUUUAUAGGCAGGCUGGGCAGGCCCAGCUUAUAAGUUAAAUGGCUAUAAAGUGAGGGGAGUAGUAGAUAAAUCCAAGGAAAUAAGAGAUUUAUAAGAAAAUAAGACCAGCUGAGCUUAGAAUGAAUGGGCAUUAUGUUAGGAGAAGAAAAUUUCCAAUCAUUCAGUCAUAGUCGGUUUAAGCAGACUUACAUGUAAACCAGAAUCAUCUCUUUUCAAGUUUAUUAUAGAUUGUUUUUAUUGCCAUACAUAUUCCUCUUGUCUUAUAUAAGAGGAUAUGUACCCUCUUGUUUUAUACAGGCCAGUUCCGAACUUGUGAGUGUAUUUUUUGGUUUUGCUGGCUCAACAUUGUGUGUUGAUAGAUGAGGUCAUUUUUACAUUUAUUAAGUUACUGAGUUCAUGAAGGUCCACUUUCAUGACUGAGUGGUGAUAGAAGAUAGCCAGGCACCUUACAAACAGCCUCUGAGUCAGCCUUCUAAUUUUGGAACAAAGUGGUUUUUGCUGCCUUUCCAGACACAAAGCUGCUAAAUGAAUUAAGAAAAUAAUUUAUUUCAUGCAGUUAAAGUAUAUGGUAAUUUAAAGGUCUCUGUUUAUUGGUUGAGCAAUCUAAUUGUUAAAGUCUACCAUUCUUUAGAAAAGGAAAUAUUAAAAUGGACAACUGUAUAGCCAACCUGUGGUCUGGCAGAAACUGCUUCUCUAGCAAUAGUACCGAAGUAAAUAAUGGAGUCUUUUUUAGCAGGUCUGCAGUAAAAGAUAACAUCGUCUUUUCUUAGUCCUCCUGCUCUCAAUCUUCAUAUUUUGCCUUUCAAUACAUGAGUCUUAGUGUAAAUAACCCAAAAUGGUAACUAUUUCCAAAGCAGCAACCAUAUUGAAUUCCUGUGACUUAGAGAAGUUUCCUAUUAGUUGCUGACAUUAAUUGCAAGAAAUAACUGUGUACUACUUGGAGAAGUAAACAUGUCAAAAAAACAAAGCUGAUGUGGGAUGAAACUGAAAAACAAAGUAACGUGCGUAAACAAAAUGAGUGAAAGUUAUAAACCAAUUUAAAAAUCAGUUUCUUUCAAUAAACUGACUUUUGGGUGUAA